AUGGGUUAUAGAUCUUCAAGGUAUAAUAGAACAUCGUGUAUAUAUGUUGGAAAUUUACCAGGAAAUGUUGUGGAAGACGAAGUCUAUGAUUUAUUUGGAAAGUUUGGGCGUAUAAAAUACAUUGAUAUAAAAUUAACAAGAGGAUCAACUUCUACAGCAUAUGCGUUUGUUCAUUAUUAUGACAUAAAAGAUGCAGAAUAUGCAAUAGAAAGAAGAGAUGGAUAUAAAUUUGAUGGGGAACGCCUACGUGUUGAAUUUUCUGGAGAAAAUAAAAGCUUUGGAAAAUAUCGAAGAAAAGAAGACGGGAUUGGCCCACCUUUAAGAACAGAGCAUCGAAUUAUUGUUAGCAAUUUACCAGAUAAUUGUAAAUGGCAACAUUUAAAAGACAUAAUGAGGCAAUGUGGUGAUGUGGGAUAUGCCAAUAUUGAACAUGGUAAAGGUAUCGUGGAAUUUGUUGACCGCGAUGGAAUGCUAUAUGCAAUUGAAAAAUUUGAUCGUGCAGAAUUUAAAGUCCAUGAUCAGGUUACAAAUAUUAAAGUUAGAAGAGAUAAAAGGAGUUUAUCUUACAUAAAAAAGCAUAGAAGUGAUUAUUAUAGUCCACGACAUAAAAAAAAGCGAAUAUAUAGUGAUGAAUCUGAAUCAAAUAUAUCGCGACGACGCAGUAAAUAUAGUACCUCGUCAAGUAAAGGACAUAAUAAAUAUGAGACAGAUAGUGAUACUUCAUAUGAUAAAAAGGAAAAAACAAGAGAUGGAAAUAAAAACAAAAGAAGCUAUUCUUCUGACGAGAAAAGAGAUAAUAAAUAUAGUAGAAGUGAAUCGAGUAAUUCAUUAAGUGAUGAUAGAACUUAUAAAAAGAAAAAAAAUAAUUACAGUACUUCAAGGGAUAGAUCAAGCAAAGACUCCAAAUAUCAUUCAGAAAAGGAAAGUAGACAAAGUAAGAGUCAUAGUAAAAGUGUAAGUGGAGAAAACAGUAGGAGCGAAGAAAAAAGUAGAAGCAUUAGUGGAGAUAUAAGCAAUAAUGAAAAACAAAAUGCAGGAAAAAACGUGAAAAGGGAAAAUAUUUUAAGCGCUGAAAAAGAAGAAAAAGAAGAAAGACAAGGGCGUAGUGGGUCUGAAAAGUCAGGAUAUAAUAGCGCAGCUUCGGAAGUAAAGAAAGAUGAUAACGAGGAUAAAAAUGAUGAAGUGAAUAAUGAGAAGUUUCCAGUUAUUCCGAAAGGAAGGAAAGGGGCUACUAAAAGGAAGCCAAAAGCUGAAAAGAUAAAAAAAAGAAAAAAUGAAAAUAAAAGUGAAAAUGAAGAUUUGAAAAGUGUUUCAAAUGAUGGUAAUAAAAGUGAUGCAAAUAAAUCAGAUAAGGAAAAUAAUAACGAUACCUCAGUUAAUCAAACUGAAGAAACAAAACCCAAAAGAGGUAGAACUAAAAAGAAAGCAAACCCUGAAGGAAAUUAA